GCAGAUCAGAAAAUACCCGAUCGAGCUGCUGUAGCCUGUAGUACCUAGCGCGCAAAGCUAGCUCGUCUCUCAUGCCAUUGGAAUUUGGAGAGGGAAGCCUAGCACCAAGGACUUCGGCUCGGGGCGAGCUGCGCGAUGGCGGCGUCAUCAAGCAUCUUCAAUUGUCAACUCAUCUGAAAACUACAUUGAAGGGGUCACCAUAAUAUCUAGCUCCUGUUCUCGAUGAAAGCAAGCUGACGUGUAUUGGAGGCGCGUUGGCGAGUUUGCUUUCAUUACGCCAUUGAAAUGGACACCCCGUCCCCGCGCCAGCUGAGGCCUCGUCAAGCCGCGAAGCCGGCUUGCUCGCCUGAGAAGCCCUGCUCUUCUUGCAUGCCCAUCGUCGCCCGGCGGUUGUUCUGGUCGGCCCCAAAGGCUCCUGCUUCCAUCAGUCCAGGACAGGACCCUGUGGAAGUGUUAGGGGAGGACGUCUUCUUACGGAUUCUGGGGUUUGUUGAUUCCCGUGCCCUUGCGACGUGCACCCUAGUGUGCAAAAGCUGGGGAGGGCUGGCGAGGGAAGACGGCCUGUGGGAACAGCAUUUGGACGAACUGUGCCGGGGAAAAGCAGCGGUCCCGAAGGUUGCGUUGACGGCGGAGUCGAAGAUGGUGGCGUUUGGGGCGUGUCUCCGAGAUGCCAAGAGGGCAAAGAUCAUGGUGCAAGACCUCUGCGGUACGGCGUUUGAGUUUCGCUUCAAAUGGUCGGCGGGAGACUUUUGGCGAAAUCUGGACCCCAGCUGGCGGUCAGAGCCUCCAUUUAUCAGGGUUUUCCAUCCGGACAACGUUGUCAGCCCGGGUCCUAACGACACAGUCUUCAACGACAUGACCUGGAAGUUUACCAAGACCAAAGACGGGAAGCCCGGGCGCUACGUGAGGAUAAACCAGUGGCCGAGCCUUAACGUCAGCCGGACGGAGAAUUGGGGAUGGACUUUGCAAAACUGCUGGGUGAUCUACAGCAGCAUGUCGGACAGCGAGAUGGGCAGGAAGCUGCCGGCAGACUUGCGCGAGCAGAUCGUGAGCAGGCGCUAGUCAGACACGAGUUGUAGCCUAUCUUGUACAUACGCAUAAUCAAUGUGGGGGUAAAAUCAGCAUCGAAGUUCCUGAAAACAACCUUCUGUACAUACUUGGUAAACGUGUUCUUGGAAUUGUAUUGAGCCGUUAAUUUUUACAGUGCACCAGUGAGCAUCGCUUACUUACACCGAGACAGGCUGGGCAGUGGAACAAUCCAGAAUUUGCGUACAUAGCCUGGCAGCUCGCAGAACUCCAAGAAGGCAAUAAGCACAGGCUGACCUUGUAUAGAAGGCUCUGCGGAGUCUGAGAGUCUGAGGUCUCUUGGGAACUUAACAGGAAAAGCUCUACUUUUGAACAGCUAUCUGUGCCCUGUUGAUUGAUUCAAGUCGAGUCCAGCCGCAGGACUGUUCAAACGUAUACCUGGCACUGCCGCCAGUCCGUCCAUCACAAUCGCAUGCAGUCCGUCGCCUGUCUGCCAGCAAACUAAUGUCCUUUAUAGGCUACCUCAGACGCCGAGUCCGCGA